CCUACACUACGUCAUCGUUGUUUGUGUAAUUAUAUACCGAUCUCCUCCACUACGUAAUCACUGUUUGUGUUAUUGUAACAGAAAUGGCAUCGCUAUUCAUCGCCCAGGGGAACUGUAUGGCGAGGGAACGUUGGACAUUGUAAUGAACGAUGUGAACUGUUCAGGCAUAGAGAACAGUCUGAUAGACUGCCCCUUCGCAGGUUGGGGACAGAACGAUUGUAGCCACGACCAAGAUGCUGGUGUCAUCUGCACGAACGUUCGUAUUGUGAAUGGCUCGAUGCCGUUACAAGGAAGAGUUGAGGUAUACAAACACGGUGAAUGGGGGACGGUUUGUAAUGAUGCCUGGGAUGACCUCGAGGCUCGAGUAGUGUGCAGACAACUAGGCCAUGAAGAAGGAACUGCUGUUGAUAACCCUGGAUCAUACUACACUAGAGGUGUGCUAGAUAUAGGUAUGGAUGACCUAAACUGUUCAGGAGCUGAGGAUGCACUCACUGAUUGUCCAUAUGGAGGAUGGAAAAAACACAACUGUGGUCAUCAUGAGGAUGCUGGGGUCAUAUGUACAAACUAGACAAGGGACCAAUUUGGACUGAAGCUACACAGGCUGAACGACCGUGGAAAAUAUAUCUUAUCAAAAACCAAUAUUGAAAAGAGUACAGGAUAGAUAUAACAUAUUGAUCAAAUUAAGAUUGUUAUGAACAACAUGUGAUUCAUUGAAUUUGUUACAUGUUAACAUGUGCUCGUUAUGUUACCAAUACUCUAGUGGGAACAUGUUUGUUUAUUAUUUUAUUAUAAAUAUUUCCAUUAUGUCAUGAAUAAAUAUCUUACAUUAUCGGGAUCUGCUUGCUUUUGUUCAUCAAUUUAUCAUCAAUAUUUUAAUCGUAUAUUAUUAUAUACCCCACUUUACUGGAAACUACAUAUUUGUUUAUUAUUUUAAAUUCAUAAGUUUAACCGUGAUGCAUAUAUGCUUUAAACCCAUACUGCAAAGAAAACUAGUUGAUAUAAUCAUUGUAUCUUCUGUAAAGGUAGUCCAUUUUUUUGUUGUCUG